UUCGUUUGGGAGCAGCAAUUAGGAGACUUCCAGAGAAUGAUUAUCGUAGUUUUCGUCAACAAGCAAUUACAGUUUUUAAUAGAAGAUUUGCAGAGUUUGACGAUGAUGCAUAUAUCUUAUGCUUUUUUUUACAUCCUGGAUACACUGGAACGUUCCGGCGUAUUCUUUUGGCGGCCGAUGGUUUCUAUGAAAAAAUGGAAAGACCAGCGAAUGAAGGAAGAUCAGCGAAUGAAGAAAGACCAGCGAAUGACGGAAGACCGGGGAAUGAAGAAAGACCGGGGAAUGAAGAAAGACCAGCGAAUGAAGAACUUACUAACGAAGAAACGGAGGAUACUAUCAUACCGCUAGAAGUAUUAAAAAUCGAGGAAAUCUUGAAUCUUGAUGCGAUUGAUUUCACAAAUGAUCUAGGUGAAUUAAUCGUUGAUACUAAUUUUGAAUUUCCUGAUGAGGAAAAUAUUAUUGUUCGGGAUAAUAAUUUAGAAAAUGAUGAGGAGGAUUGGGAUCCUGAAAGAGAGGCCAAUGCAAUGUUAAACUAA